CCUUAACAUUGCCGAAUCUCUCUCUCUUUCUUUGCUCUUUCUCUCUUCCUCCCUCUCUCUCUCUCUCGAUCUCGGUCUCGGCCGUGUUAGGAGGAGAGCAGGCCGAGAGAGGAGAGAGAUGGAGCCGUGGUCGUCCUCGUACCGAUCCUAUGGAACCAGCCACAUGAAGAACAUGGAUAUUGUGACCGUUAAAAAGGGGAACGACAACAACAACCCAAUGUUCGUGGGACAAUCCCGGGCCUGUCCGCUGGAUCCCGCGGCUUUCCCCACGUCCUACUCGCACAAGACCAAGAAAGGAUCGGGCUCAAGCUCGUGGUGGAAUGACCCCGAGAUGAAGAGGCGGCGGCGGGUGGCCAAGUACAAACUCUACUCCGCCGAGGGCAGGUUCAAGGCCUCCCUCAAGCAUGGGUACCGCUGGCUCAAGCACAAGUGCUCCGAGAUCGCUCGUCGGUUUUAAUAGCAACGAUGUUACAGAACUGCAGCAGGUUGAGGGUUUAGCCGAUGCUGAGGAGAAGAGCAUAGAGAGGGGAACAGAGAGAACAGAUAAAUUUGAGGUUGGUUAUGUUAUAUGAAUUAACAUGCUGUCAAGGGGGCGAAACUUUCUUUUCUUUGCUUUUCUUAUUGUUAAUACGUUCUGUUUUAAAGUGUUAUCUAUCGUUUGUGGUCGUCAUUAAUAUAUAGGAAAUCGAAGAAUGUUUCGACGAUUCUAUUUAA